AGCGGGCGUCGGUGCGCCCGCACUCCGGCUCGGCCGCCCCAGCGCGCUCCUCGUCCACCCCUCUCCGCCACCGCCGGCAGCCCUCCGGGCCCCUCGCCACCGCCACCAUGGACGCCAUCAAGAAGAAGAUGCAGAUGCUGAAGCUCGACAAGGAGAACGCCUUGGAUCGAGCCGAGCAGGCCGAAGCCGACAAGAAGGCGGCGGAAGACCGCAGUAAACAGCUGGAAGAUGAGCUGGUCUCGUUGCAAAAGAAACUCAAGGGCACUGAAGAUGAACUGGAUAAAUACUCCGAGGCUCUCAAAGAUGCCCAGGAGAAACUGGAGCUGGCAGAGAAAAAAGCCACUGAUGCUGAGGCCGACGUGGCUUCUCUGAACAGACGCAUCCAGCUGGUUGAGGAGGAGCUGGAUCGUGCUCAGGAGCGUCUAGCAACAGCUCUGCAGAAGCUGGAGGAGGCUGAGAAGGCAGCAGAUGAGAGCGAGAGAGGCAUGAAGGUCAUUGAAAGUCGAGCCCAAAAGGAUGAAGAAAAAAUGGAAAUUCAGGAGAUCCAGCUCAAAGAGGCAAAGCACAUUGCUGAAGAUGCCGACCGCAAAUAUGAAGAGGUGGCCCGCAAGCUGGUCAUCAUUGAGAGUGACCUGGAACGUGCAGAGGAGCGGGCUGAGCUCUCAGAAGGCAAAUGUGCCGAGCUUGAAGAAGAAUUGAAAACUGUGACCAACAACUUGAAGUCACUGGAGGCUCAGGCUGAGAAGUACUCACAGAAGGAAGAUAAAUACGAGGAAGAGAUCAAGGUCCUUUCUGACAAGCUGAAGGAGGCUGAGACUCGGGCUGAAUUUGCAGAGAGGUCAGUAACUAAGUUGGAGAAAAGCAUUGAUGACUUAGAAGAUCAACUCUACCAGCAACUUGAGCAAAACCGCCGCCUAACUCAUGAACUAAAGCUGGCCCUGAAUGAGGAUUAAAAACUUAAAAGUGUGAGGAACUUGGGCGGAAUUAAGCAUGGUGCCCAUGAGAGUCCACUCAGAGGCUGACCUGACCUUGGUUUCCCUCCAUAUCUGAAGCAGUAACAGUCUUUUAAAUCCCAGACAGCUUUUAGGAUAAAACAUGCCUCUCCACGGAGAAAUAUUUAUAACUCAGCACCCUUUUCGAUAGCAGGUCCUCUUUGAACUGAGGGCCAAAACACAUUUUCUAUUUCUUCUAGACAAAUAUCUAUAUAUACAUACAUGUGUAUAUAUACACACACAUAUUUAUAUAACCCAUAUUUGUAUUCCUAGCUUCAUUCUGGCAUAGUAUUUGAAAUAUGAUUAAAUGUACCUAUGCUCAGGCAAAGUAGCUUUUGCAAAGAGGAGUUCAUGCUAGAAGUUCCCAGUUGUCUGAAAGGUAUGCUUUGUUCAGUUUAAUGGUGGUGUUGGCAUCUGCUGAGAAUGUCAUGCUAAUAAUAAAACAGUAUUGAAAAAUAUUAAGAGAAUGUCCUAAUGAAGUGCAUGAAACAUGUUGAUAACUGUUGAUGACCCACAGAAAUAAAUCAUUUGAAAAGUUAAUCCAAAACCUAUUUCUGUCACCUCUGUUUUCUGUGAGGCUGUGUUACAACACGAUUCCCAGACCUUUAACUGCCUGUAAGUCAAGUGUCUGCCAGUGUUCAUUUCCCCCAUUAGUGUGAUCAUCAUGCUGCCUCUGUAUUUGGAUUGUACCCCUCCCUGUUCCCACACUCGCCCUGCUGGUGCAGGUGCUGUGGUUAUUUUCAGUCCCAGAUCCCCGCCCCCAACCCUCCCCCCCUGCUCGGGUCUUUGUUUGGAAAUGAGUGAUGUCUUAAAAGCAUGCUGAGUUCUAAUCAUCGCCUCCUGUGUUUGUGAUUGAUGUGCCUGCCCCCUGUACAGACCGCCACUGUGUCGGUAGCGACUGUGUCGGUAGCGCAGCUAUUCAUGACUCGCUUUUCUAAUCUCA